CACAGUGAGAGGGAGAGAGAGAGGAAUAGAGGGGGUUAGAGAGCGCCUUUAACACCCCCACUUUGUGUGUGUCGUGAAAAAAUGUCCUAUACUGCAAGGAAAGCCAAGGCAGUGGCAGAAUAGCCACUAACGAAACCCUCCCACGAGAGAGAGAGCCAGGAGAAAGCGCGGGUCCUCAGUUGGUCGACUGCGGCUAUUUAUUUAUUUUCGCUCGUAGCCUAUGCCGGGAUUUUGCAAACGAAUUCGAACGUGACGCGAUACAUGCCUGGCAAUAAUAAACAGCCAUCGCUCGGGUCGCCGCUGUGCCGCUGACUGUAUGAACAGCUGAAGGUAAUUCAUUAAUUUCGCAAACGUACAUUGCAGUUGCAUCCUUUUUUCCCCCACCAUCCAUUGCACAUUGCACGAUAUUAAGCAAUGCAUCGCUGGAAUUUGACAGUGUUGAAUGCGAAUUGAUCAGCAGUAGUCCCUCUACUCAGACCGAUCCAUGGAUUGACUAGAAACAUUUUCAACAGAAUAGACCGCGGAACGGCUGAUUGAAGUUUGCGUCCAACAUGCAUUUCCCCGGGAGCAGCGAGGAGGACUCCUGGAGCGGUUCUUGUUGUGUCUUUGCUGCGGCGGUGCAAUCCGCGGCUCUCCGGCUCACCGAGACAGAGAUAAGUCACCUCAGCUAAACAGACCCUCACAACGGCUUCACAGAUCAACACAAGCCAUAUGAUCCACAGCACCUCCACUGUGCAUGUGCGAGACCUGGUGGACCCUGAAUUUGUGCACCAAAGGAGCUGUGUUUUUUUGGCGCUUUUAAAAAUAUAACAACGGCACCAUUCCAAAAAAAACAUCAGCGGACCACUGGGAACACACAGUCAUCCCGGAGAUUUUUUGGUUUGUUGGAGGAUUGCCCCGAUGUGUCCGUUGAGCACGAGACGCCAGAGAGCCGUUCCCGCCGUUCCCAGACAGAAGAGGCAGCAGACGGUGGCUCUGCGUGUGUCAGGUUAGGGCCCCUCGGAUCCCGCCCUAUGCACCCCAACUCCAUGCCAGCGACACUUAGCCGCCCUGCUUGAGCACUUUGUCAGAACAGCAUCACCGCUACAGAGACACACUGCGGGGGACCGAGCAUUCAUAAAAAGGCUUUAAGUGCUGAUUAAAUCUCUCUCACCGGGUACAACCACACCCACCACACCCACCACCACCACUACCAGACCAACCACCACCACCACCACCACCACCACCACCACCGCCACCGCCAGCCUACCACCCCAGCGGCAGGAUGCAGGUGUCCUUCGCCUGCACGGAGCACAACCUGAAGAGCCGGAGCGAGGACCGGCUGUGUGGCCUCCGGACGGCCCCCCCGCCCGGGGGAGGGGGGCAGGGCAACAACGGGAACUACAUCUCCCAGGGCUCGGCCAAGCUGAGGGACGCGCCCGGGUCCCGCCCCACACAGGGCCACGCCCACAUGAAGGAGGCCAUCGGGCGCCACAGCAGCAUGAAGUACAGGAACCUCGGGAAGUCAGGACUACGAGUUUCCUGCCUGGGUUUAGGAACCUGGGUCACGUUCGGAUCCCAGAUCUCUGAUGAGACUGCUGAAAACUUGAUGACCAUAGCGUACGAGAACGGAGUGAACCUGUUUGACACGGCGGAGGUGUAUGCCUCGGGCAGGGCGGAAAUAACCUUGGGCAAUAUCAUCAAGAAGAAGGGAUGGAGACGUUCCAGUUACGUUAUCACCACUAAGAUCUACUGGGGCGGCCAAGCUGAGACAGAGAGAGGACUCUCCAGAAAACACAUUAUCGAAGGCCUGAGAGGGUCUUUGUCCAGACUACAGCUGGAGUACGUCGACAUUGUCUUCGCCAACAGAAACGACGUCAACAGUCCAAUGGAAGAGAUUGUACGAGCCAUGACGUUUGUGAUCAACCAGGGGAUGGCCAUGUACUGGGGAACCUCUCGUUGGAGUGCCAUGGAGAUCAUGGAGGCGUACUCAGUGGCGCGGCAGUUCAACCUCAUCCCCCCGGUGUGCGAGCAGGCCGAGUACCACUACUUCCAGCGGGACAAGGUGGAGGUGCAGCUCCCAGAGCUCUACCACAAGAUAGGGGUCGGAGCGAUGACAUGGUCCCCCCUGGCGUGUGGCCUCAUCACGGGCAAGUACAGCGAGGGCGUCCCCGACUGCUCCAGGGCCGCCAUGAAGGGGUACCAGUGGCUGAAGGAGCGAGUGAACAGUGAGGAGGGACACAGACAGCUGGCCAAAAUCAAAGAGCUCCACCUACUGGCAGACAGGAUGGGCUGCACCGCAGCGCAGCUCGCCAUCGCCUGGUGCCUGAGGAGUGAAGGGGUCAGCUCCGUGCUGCUGGGCGUCUCCACCACUGAGCAGCUGGUCGAGAACCUGGGGGCCCUGAGGGUCUUAACCCAGAUGACCCCGCAGACCAUCGGUGAGAUCGACACGUUGCUGGGAAACAAACCCCACUCCAAGAAGGAGGCGCGGGCCUGAGGGUCAUGUGACCGGCGAGAGACAAAGACCAACGACUGACACCGGGGGAGACAUCAACUCUUCAACCCCGCAGUUUACUCUGAAAAAAAAACGAAUUGCAUGUCCUCUGCAACAUUAUGCUUCCAAUAUUAUGCGCAUAUCCAUUUUUGCGUAUUGUAUCAUGUAUAAAAGAAGGCGUUGACAAGGUAAAAAAUAUGGACAAAAGAGAUCUAUCAACGUGAAAACAUAAAGACGAGCCAUCAUAUAGGUAAUCAUUGCUGAUUCUUAACGUUCAACAGACACAGGGGGGGGGGGGGUGUUUUGAGGGUCACAUCUCUGCGCUUUUCACCGCCAGGCAUCGAGAGGAGAGGUCUAAAGCACAUUAACCUUGGGAUAUGGGAUAGGAGCAGGGGUUAACGGUUUCUCUAGAUGACUAUGAGUGGACACGCCGGAGCCGACGACAGACUUAUGAGUCUCCUCCACUUCACAGUCUCCUAUUGGUCUUCAUGAGGGUUAUUUAACAGCCCAGCAGACCAAAGGCCAGCGAGUGUAACUCCGCCUUUCACUGGCCCCCCUCCUGGGUUCUCUCAUGAUUGACUUUCCGCUCGCGGAGCCAGGUGGGAUCGUCUGAGGUUAAUGGGGUUCAGCCAGGUGGGAUCGUCUGAGGAUAACGGGGUUCAGCCAGGUGGGAUCGUCUGAGGAUAAUGGGGUUCGGGACACAAGGAAGUUGGAUAUGGAAAUUUGAUCAUUAGAAAUGUACUGUACUUUUUCAGUUCCUUAACAAAAAAAGAGAAGAAAAUACACAUUUGGUGACUUGGUGGAUGACCUUAGCUAUUAUUCUCACACAGUUAAAAAUAAUGGGUUUGUGGGUUGAUAGACACAUGCAUUGCUUUACACAUCUCGACGCACCGUUAAUAAGGGAUCCAGACAAAACAACGUUGGGGAGUUGCACAAAAAGAUGGAUUCAAAUUUCAAAAUGUUAUUAAUUCAUCUUCGUACACGAUAGAGUUGGAGGAAACACCCAAAAAAAGCAAAACACACACUGACCAGAUAACAUUUCUGGGAUCAGGUAUUCUGGGAAUUCUGCCAAAAAUUGACUACAAUUUAAAAGGAUAGAGAGUGAUCUGUAUCGGAUUAAAAUAUUCUAAAGUAGAUAAUUGAACUGUGCUGCCUCCUCAGCAGUGUUCUCCUUCGCCUCCAGUGUGUGUAAACUGUGCGCAUGUCCCUUUAAGAGAGGAAAGCCUUUUUAUGGGCGUCAAUGUGGCAUGGCAUUUAUGGCUUAUGUAAAUACACAUUGCCAUUGUAAGCCAUUUUUAUUUUAUUUUUUAUUCUAAACAAUUUAAGAAAAACGACGUAUGGUUAUGCGCAGGAGGACAGUUUUGCUUGAAUGUCCCUCGGCCCCUUGUACGUUCAUGGGAAGUUUAUACAUUUAUUUUGUCCUUAACUAAUGGUUGGUAAAAUCUUUACUUCAUUGGUAAAAUUACUACUGAUAUAGAGGGGUUGGACACACUGUAAUGACUUGGAUGGUUUCACACUGUAAUAAUAUAAAAUGAUAGCUAGAGGCUUUAAUUUGAUUGAGAAGAGAUAUAGGCUGUUUCUUGUGUAGAAAAAUAUUUAGUUUUGGUUAUGUUUUUUUUCCCCCUAUUAUCAUAAACUGUUCAUUUAUUUAUUCCUCCUUUAGGAUCUGCUCACUACUGUGUUAUGUUUAACCUGCUAUUUAUUUAUAUACCUAAUCAUACUGCGAUACCAAGGGAAAUUGUUAUUUUGAUAAAUGCUAUGUUUAAGGUUAUGUUGAACAUAGAGAAACUGUAUAUAGGUGGAUGUGUUGGAAACUGAAUCAUUGUUGAAGGAGAAAUUGUGUGACAAAAGGAGCAGAAGUUCUGCUGAUGUACAUUCCUACCAAACGUAUGCGUCUCCUGUGUACAUAGAUAUUUAAAUCUAACUCCGGAACUGUCACAUUGCCUGCAUAACUUAUAUUUUACUGUCUUGCAACCAAAACAAAAAAGAGAAGAGACACCGUAAUUUGU